AUGCCAGGCCGUCUGAUCCCCAACUUUGUUCGGGGCUCUGGCUCCCUGCACUCAUCAGUCUCAUCGACUCCCAUCCACUCCAAUUCGUCCUCGACCACCUCCGUCAAUGAAAUCCCCCACCACACUGGCUCCAAGAAGCCCGCACAUGGCAUCUCAGACCGUGCGCGCUCGCCUGAGCGUCGUCUAUCUUUCAAUAUGGACCAUUUCAUCCACCCUCACCGAGACCACAGCAAGGACAAGCGCCGCAGCUUGGGACGCGCGGGCCGCUCCAAGGAACGCCUGGGCAAGGAGGAGCUCGCAAAGCCGUCUGCCAAGCUCGAGGUUUUGGUUGAGUCUCCUCCUCUGGUCUGCUAUGGCAACCCAAGCAACUCGACUGGCGCUCUGUUCUCUGGCCGUCUGCGCGUAACCAUCACUGAGACCAUUGGCGAGGUCACUCUCAACCAGUUCGACGUGCGCCUCAUCUCCAAGACCUCCACCAAGAAACCCGUUUCCAGUCACUGCCCCGGCUGCGCUACCCGCACCGAGGAACUCACCCGCUGGAACUUCCUGACGGACUCCCUCCACCUCAAGCCUGGCCAGCACGACUUCCCUUUCAGCUACCUGUUCCCUGGUCAUCUCCCUGCUUCUUGCAAUGGCGCCCUGGGAUCAGUGGAGUAUACCCUACUGGCGCAUGCUAAAAGCACUGCUGGCGAGGAAUUCAGCCUCAACCUGCCCUUGAACGUCCGCCGUGCCUUGAUCCCCGGCAACGACAAGUCUUCUAUCCGCAUUUUCCCUCCUACCAACCUGACUGGCCGCAUCGUCCUGCCUUCGGUGGUUCAUCCCAUUGGCAACUUCCCCGUGGAGAUGACUCUGAGCGGAGUGGUCGACAAGGGUGACGAGACUCAGACCCGCUGGCGCCUCCGUAAGAUGAUGUGGCGCAUCGAGGAGCACCAAAAGAUCGUCUCCACUGCCUGCCAGAAGCACGCCCACAAGAUUGGCGGCGAGAACAAGGGUGUUCUGCACCAAGAGACCCGUGUCAUCGGCCACAACGAGGAGAAGAGCGGUUGGAAGACCGACUUUGACACCGCCGGUGGUGAGAUCACUAUGCAAUUCGAUGCUAGCAUCAACCCUACCACCAACCCCGUCUGCGACAUGGAGGCCCCCGGUGGCUUGGAGGUCAAGCACAACCUCGUCAUUGAGCUCAUUGUCGCCGAAGAGUUCUGCCCCAACCGCAACACCCGCCUGAUCACCCCCACCGGUGCUGCCCGUGUCCUGCGCAUGCAGUUCAACCUCCACGUCACCGAGCGCAGUGGCCUCGGUAUCAGCUGGGAUGAGGAGAUGCCUCCUGUCUAUGAGGACGUCCCUGCCAGUCCUCCCGGCUACUUCAAGCUCGACGACGCUCGCAGCGUCAUGGAGGACUACCAAGGUUCUCCCCUACCACUGCCCGAGUACGACGAGCUGGAGCGAAUGGAGUCUCUGCGUUUGGACAGUGACUCUACCCACUCUUCUGCCAACUCCACCUCCAACUCCAACCCUAACCGCGGACGCCUGCGCUUCACAGCUGAUGACUUGGUCACUGAGCAAAGCCCGCCUCCUUCUGAGUCUGCCUCCCGCGUGGCAUCUCGAGCCCCGUCGGUUGACUCUUCCCGCCAAUAA